CUCGUCCGACGGCCGGCCGGCGACGCGGCAAUGGAGGCACGGGAGAAAGGGAGGGCGGCGGCAGGGCGAGGCGGUGUCCGCGGAUGCGGCGGCGGAGAGGCGGCGGCGGAGACACAGGUGAAAGGGGAGGGCGGCGGUAGGGUGAGGCGGCUUCGGCUGCGACGCGGGGCGAGGAGGUCCGACGGCCGGCCGGCGAUGCGGCGGCGGCGACACGGCGUCGGCGGGCGAGCGGCGGCGCCAUGGCCGCAGCUAGGCGGCAACCGCAGCUGGUUCAAGUUGCCGAUGCUGUCGUCGCAGCAGGCGUCGUAUGUGAGCGAGGACCAGCAACACGAAGAAGACGACGGCGACGGCGACGAGGUCCUCAUCCCCGGGUUGCCGGCGAGGUUCACAUACGCGGAGCUGGAGGAGGCGAACGUACCUGAUUUAUCAGUUUUUUAGACAACUCGUGAAGUCCUAAAUCCAUCUAAAAAUGCUCAUCAUGUAGUACUCGUUUGUUUGACUUUACUUCCCAUACUCUCUCUCCUUGUGCAUUACAUGAUUGUCACCUGCUUGUGAUCUGCUCUGGAAUAGAGAGAGUUCUUCAAGCCUUUGACAAUGGCUGCUGACAGAUUCUUGCACUUCGCCUCGCUCGUUUCCGUGGUGGUCUUGGCCGCCGGAUCGAGAUCGCCGGGCGGCGUGGCGGCGCUGCCGCGCCGUGGACAGCUGGUUGACGGCGGGGACAACGACAAGAACAAGUGCGUGUACAUGCUGUACUACAUGGGGACCGGGUGGAUCUGGAAGGCCGGCACGGACGCGGCGAUCGGCGUGGAGCUCACGGCGGCGGACGGCAGCGGCUUCGCCGUCAGGGACUUGGAGCGGUGGGGCGGGCUCAUGGGCGCCGAGCACGACUACUACGAGCGCGCCACCGCCGCGUCGCCGGCUGACCGUCGGACUUCCUCGCCCCGUGUCGUAGCCGCCGCUGCCUCUCCGCCGCGGACACCGCCUCGCCCUGUCGCCGCCCUCCCUUUCUCCCGUCCCUCCAUCACCGCGUCGCCGGCCGGCCGUCGGACCUCCUUGCGCCGGCGACCUCCUCCCCACCACCGGCCGGCCCUGCACAGAGUCCAGAGAGGAGUGAGAGAGAGAGAGGAGGAAAGGGGAAGAAGGGGAGAGGCCGGUCUGCUGAUGUGGCAUCCUGACAUGUGGGGCCCACGUGGGUCCCACGAUGACUCAGCCGCCACGUCAGAUAAAAUCGGGUCAAAACCGCUAAGGGACUUGGUUUGCACUGGUUUUGUAAGUUGGGGGAUGCGUUGUAUCCGGUUUUACGGUUAGAGGAUGAUUUUGUAACUCGAUGAUAAGUUGAGGGACCUUCGGGGUACUUUUUCCUAUUCGUUUUGGGUUCACCA